AUGACAAUGUUGCGAGGUUUCGUUCGUGGCUAUCGACGUUUAGUGGCCACGUUGGUAUCACCACAGAUCUGUCCGAUAUGUCUGGAAAUUGUGCCCGUGCUGAGGCUACGUGACGUAAAGGAUGACGUCAACGAGACGUAUGCAAAGCUGCACUGUCGCCAUCGUUUCUGUGCUGAGUGCAUUCGAAAGUAUAUUGAAUUCAAGAUCAAGACGCGAGAAGUAGAUGAAGACCAAUUAGUGUGUCCUGUGGUUAAUUGUAAGCAGAGCAUCAAGGAACAUGACAUGAAAUGCAUUGUAGGAUCAAAAGAGAUGGUACAGUAUCGAGCGGUGUUGAAACGCAAGCGAGAUGAGAAGAAUCCAAGUGCCCGGUGGUGUCCAAGACCAGGUUGUGAUGAGCUUAUCAUGUGUGAAAGCACAGACAACUUCACUUGUCCGAAAUGUGAGACGGUGGGCUGCUUUCGCUGUCGUGGAUAUGUACAUUGGUUCUGGUUCUGUCGUGGCAAAGAAGACGAGUCGUAUCUUGCGUGGGAAGCAUCAGUAGGCAAACAAAAAGCAGUGCGGGCGUGUCCGCACUGUCAAAUGCGGAUUUGGAAAAAUGAAGGUUGCAAUCAUAUGACGUGCACGCGUUGCCGGUUCGAGUACUGCUGGGUUUGCGAAAACUCGUGGAGUGCCAGUCAUUAUGCGUGCUACAGUCUGCCAUUUGUAGGGGCCUCGACAACUUGGGGACGUUGGUUGCAUCACACGUUGGGGUAUGCUGUCAUGGUGUUGAUCGCGGCGGUGAUAUCGACAUUUGGCUUUUACGCUUUUGUGGGCGGCUACGUCGUAUUCGGUGCCAUUGUUCACGCCAUGCGUCGUGCUACCGGCAACCCGGGAGUAUUGAUGUUAUGA